AUGGCCGACCAAGCCAAGAAGCACUUGAUCGUCGUAGGAGCCUGCUACUUGGACACGAUCCUCAGGAACGCACCACCAACCGUUGUCCCCUUCUUCCCGUCCGAAGACUCCAAGCUGCGCGCCACCAGCCUCAGCAUCCGACGUGGGGGCAACUGCCCAAAUUCCCUUGAGGUCCUUGAGCAGUUGUUCGUUGACCAUGAUGCCCUCCAGCUGCAUCUAGUGUCACCCCUACCCAAUGCCUCGUCAUCUGCAACACGACGCAUCAUCUCGUCCUUUGGUCCAGAGUCCAACAUCAACUUCCACCACUGCAUCUACCGUGAUGCCAGUACCGAGGCGGCUAGCAGUUAUAUCAUCCGCAGCGAGGAGUCAGGUAGCCGUACCCUUGUCAACUAUAAUGACCUACCAGAGAUGACCCGGGACGAGUUUGAGCCCAUCGCGCGGAGCUUCGAUCCGGACCAGGAGACGUGGUGGCACUUUGAGGGCCGAAUCCCUGACACGACUCUGAAGUGCAUCCGUCUCCUGCGUAACGUGCUACCAAGCGCGCAGAUAAGUGUCGAGGUAGAGAAGCCGGGCCGCGAAGGUUUGUCGGAGCUGGCGGCCGAGGCAGACGUCGUCUUUUACUCGCGGAGCUGGGCCGAGAGUCGAGGACACCAGUCCCCGGAGGCCUGCCUGAGAGCUGAGGGACACCGCAAGGCGUACGUGGAAUCCGAGAUUGUGUCGCUGGCACUGUGGCGAAGCCAGAGGAGACAUAUCCGUGGUCGACACAAGAGCACAGUAGCGGGAACUGCAACAACUGACCAUUGCCCGAGAUAUAGUGCGGUGGGAGCCGGGGACACCUUCAUAGCUGGAAUGCUGUACGGGCUGCUAUGCCACCCCGGCGACUGGAGCACCGGGGAGAAGCUGGGUUUCGCCGUCCGACUGGCCACACUGAAAGUGCAGCGGGAGGGGUUCGCUGGGCUCGGGGCAGACAUGCUGGGGACUUGGAUGCGGUCGAGUGCCAGAUUGGUCUCCUCUGCCGCCUAG